AUGACGCAGCACAUCUCCUUCAUUUCGGAGAACCAGAGGCGCAUCGAGGCCGUGCAGAAGUCGUUUGGACCGGUCGGGACCCGUCUGCUGGAGCCCCACAGGGUCCUGAUCGGAGAGGGCCGUCUGGUGAAGCAGAGCCGCAGAGGAGCUCAGCCCAAAGCCUUUUUCCUGUUUAACGACAUGUUGGUGUACGGCAGCAUCGUCAUCAACGGACGCCUGUUCAAGAAGCAGAAGGUCAUCCCUCUCGAGGACAUUGAGCUGGAGGACAUGGAGAACGGUCACCAGAUGAAGCACCAGUGGUUGCUCAAAACUCCCCGUAAGUCCUUCUACGUGUCAGCAGACUCUCCUGACGAGAAACAGGCCUGGAUGGAACACAUCGCGCUGUGCAAGGCUCGCCUCCUGAAGGACAGCGGCCGCAAAGCCGGCUCCACCUUCGCCGUGACCUGGAUCCCAGACCCGGCCUCUGCCAUCUGCAUGCGCUGCUCCCGAAAGUUCACCUUGAUCCAUCGGCGCCACCACUGCAGGAAGUGCGGAUUCUUGGUCUGUGGCGUGUGCUCUCAGAAGAGCGCAGUGAUCAGGAACAUCCACCCGACCAAGAGGGUAAGGGUGUGUAAGCAGUGUCACGUGGGGCUGAAGGGGAGGGAGGAGGCGGACGAGGAGGGGAGAAAGAGAGGGGACAGCGCCGGCCUUCGCUCUGAUGAAGAGGAGCAGGUUAGCUUUGAAGACCAACUGUAUGAAGACAAUGUGGAGGAUGACUAUCAACCCCUGAACUGGGCUGACAUGGACUCCUUCUCACCGUACGUCUACCUCAAGCCUGAGCACGUGUGGCCCUCUCUGUGA